UCACAUGACCACAGUGACGUCAAGUUACGGCAGUGCGUCAUGACGCCACGGCUGGGUAUGGCGGCCUCCUCUUCCUGGUAACGGGACCGGGGAGGGACAGGAGAACGAAACGUCUGCGGUAGUGGCCGGAAAUCUUGUAAUGGCGGAUUUUGAUGAAAUUUACGAGGAAGAGGAAGAAGACGAAGAGCGGGCGCUGGAGGAACAGCUGCUUAAGUAUUCUCCGGACCCGGUGGUGGUGCGAGGAUGCGGGCACGUCACAGUUUUUGGUCUUAGCAACAAAUUUGAAGCAGAAUUCCCUUCUUCCUUAACGGGCAAGGUAGCACCUGAAGAAUUUAAAUCUAGCAUUAACAGAGUCAACAGUUGUCUUAAGAAGAAUCUUCCAAUCAAUGUCCGAUGGCUACUUUGUGGAUGCCUUUGCUGUUGCUGUACAUUGGGCUGUAGCAUGUGGCCAGUUGUUUGUCUCAGUAAAAGAACACGAAGAUCGAUUGAGAAGUUAUUGGAAUGGGAAAACAAUAGAUUAUACCACAAGCUGUGCUUGCACUGGAGGCUGAGCAAAAGGAAAUGUGAAACGAAUAACAUGAUGGAAUAUGUCAUCUCGAUAGAGUUUUUACCAAAGACACAGAUUUUUCGGCCAGAUUAGCAUUGUCUGUUUGUUUGUAAGGACUAAACCGAGUAUCUUGUAUUUCCAAUGGUGCCUUGCUUGGUGCUUUCCCAGUGUUGACAUUACAAUGGUUCUUCUAAAUCUCUUGUCCCGCCCCCCAUUCCCUCCUUUAUAUUAUUUUUCUCUGUAUGUUUUUAAUUUUUUUUGUCCAGCCUAAUGGUUCUUUAUUGAGUUUUGCCAAAAAUCUGUAUUAUAAUCUGCACCUAAGCAGAUCUAUUUUCACAACACAUUUGCACGUGGCAUAAGCCUGCCUGUACAGAAUAUUUGAGGUCUGUCUACAGGUAUUUUUCCCCCAUGCUUUUUUUUUUUUUUUAUUAUUAUUAUUAUUAUUAUUUUUUUUUACGCUAAACUGCAGUACAGAUUUUUCUUUGGUCACAUUUUGGGAACCAAGAUGUCACUGCACCAUUAGAAAUCUCAAUCUCCCUACAAGAUGUCCUGUCAGCUGGUUCUGCAGAAGACCUCCUGAAAUUAAGAGUUGGAAAAUAUUGCUUUUUUUUCCCUCCAUUAGGUAGAUUAUCCAUGGGAAUACAUUGUGUGCAUGUUUUUAUUUUGCUGGCGCUCAGGAUGAUGUGGUUCUGUCAAGAGAACUUGUGUGCUUUGAGGGUCAUGGAGUUUUGAUGCAAUUUAAAACUGUUGUUGUUCUGUUCCCUAAUAUUGUUUAAUGACCAUGUAAAAGUAUAGUCCUUUAUACUAGAGGCGAAAAUAAGAAUGUAUGGAGUGCUGCGCAACAAUAAAUCCAACACAGGGUUGUUGCGUUGAAACACAAACACACACAAAUGUACACACUGGUUUUAUGUUUACAUUAGGUUUUAUGUACAGAUUAAAUGAAAUAGCGCUUCAUAGAAGGCCCUUGUCAUUUUGGGCCUUAACACAAGUUUAUUCACCAAUUGUUUCUAUAUUUUCAACAACUAUUGUGGUAUGUAACCUGUUGCAUUUAAAUGCCAUUGCUCUGUUCAGAAUGGUAAAGUAAAUGUUGAUUACCACUAUAGAAUAAGAGUUCACUCUGCUCUUAAUAUUCUUAUUAAUAUGUAUAUUCAUUAUAGCUAUUAACCACCUAUAGCCGACAUUGUAUACAUGAGUGGGUGGUAGAUGAAAAUUUUUAUUUUGUCUCCUAUACAUAAAUCUGUAAUUCUGUAUAAAUUCCAACUAAGCUUUUUUUUAUAUAUAUAUAUAUAUAUAUAUAUAUAUAUAUAUAUAUAUAUAUAUAUAUAUAUAUAUAUAUAUGAGAGGAGAUAAUAGACCAUAUUAACACACUGUGGGUGAAACUGAAUUGUAUACAGUAGAAUUUGUUUGCCUCCUUAUCUUUCUUUCAUAAUAGUAGUUCUAACUCUGUUGCUCCAAUAUAUAUAUAUAUAAUUUUUUUAUUUUUUUUUGGUGUUUUACCAAUGCUGGCAAUGGUUUGCACUUUUGCUUUAAGCUAAGGAAAAUGAAAUUCUACAUAAACACAGAUGUCCAUGUAUGUAUUUGUAUGAUGCUUGGCUUCGAUAUGAUUUGUCAUUUUGUUUAUAUCCCAUUAAAAUGGAUAAACCUAAA